CCUCUUCACAUCCUCGCCCAGUCUCUACUCUCUCUACACAGAACCCUCCUCCACCCCUGACCACCGUCUCCGGCGGAUAUCCUAUUGUACUUUUAUUUACAGAACUGUGCAUUCCAUGGAGGCCGCGGCGGCGUUGGAGGCCAUGGAAGGACCAGUCAUCACCGUCAUCACCAAGCGCAUCCGCGCCCUUCGGAAGAAGCUGAACCGUAUUUCGCAGAUGGAGGACUCUAUUUCCAACGGGAAGGCGCUGAAUAAGGAGCAGGAGGAAACCCUACGGUCGAAGCCUUCCGUCAUCGCCGGCAUUGAGGAGCUCGAGAAGCUUCGGCAACCCCUUACUGCCGCCGUUGAUGAAGAAAUCAGCCUGGCUAUCCAACGACAGCAAGUCUCCGUUUCUAAAUCGGAGGCCUCCAUUGACGCUUCCCCCAAUUGCGAGGAUAAAUCUGAUGAAUUCACGGAAAAUAAGGAAGAAAGCACGAUUGAGCAAAAUACUAAUGUUACAUAUUCUGGGGUGAGAUUGAAGCUGAAAAAGAUUUUUGACUCACAGUAUUCAACUUCAUCACCUGUUAUGAAUUUUGGGACUCACCAAGUUCAGGUUCAAGAAUCCAUUCCAUCUGUGGAUUUGCAAGUCCAUGUUGAGGGUACAGGAAUGCAGUACCAGGAGAAGGAAGAACCUUUUGUUUCUAACAACGAAAACGAAACUAAUAACGGCGAUGCUGGCGAAGAACACCAUCAGGAGGAAAAAGAUUCACCAGACUUGACUGCUGAAACUGUCUGUGUUCAUCCCCAGGAAGGAUUGGAGGAUCCAGUGGAUGUGAAAGAGCAACAUGUUCCUCGACGGCCCUAUAAUAAUUAUAAUAAUAAUAAUUAUAGGGGCAGCAGCCGUGGUGGUAGACACAGGGGGAAUUAUAAUGGUCGUGGUGGGCGUGGCAGGGAAGCCAUCACUUCCUACCAGAAUGGGGGCCAUGACCAAUACUAUGAUCAACCCGGUAACUAUAGAUCGAGGAAUUUUGAGCAUAGGGGAGGCGGCGGGAGAGGAGGAAGAGGUAAUGGCUAUUACAACAACUACAACAACAAUCACAACAACAAUAACCACCACAACAACCACCGUGCUUAUGGAGGCGGUGAAGGUGGCGGACCUGGUGGCAGGUAUAUUAGAGAUUCUUGACCUAUGCUUUUGAUGUUCAUAAAACCAUUUUGUUGCACUCAUGUCCUCUUGGAGGGUGGUGAAUGCUUACAUUGUCGCAUGAAACAUCUAUGUGGUUCUUCACCCCCCCCCUCCCCCCCACAUUGGUUAAAUGGAUAGAGCUUUUAACUGCUAUA